CUGGUGCAUGCAUGUGUUUUUGUCGACAGGAGGAGCCUUCUCUUUUGUGGACUGUAGUUCUGCAGAAUGUUGACAGUUCCUCGCAGUGAAAAUGAGAAUAUCGAGAAUAUUCUCUGUGACUGUAUUCGUGAUUCCUUUUCAUAUAUAUGAAAAGGAAUCACGGAUUUCUGUCCCUUUCGUAGUCGUCGUCAUGAACACACUUCAGGUGAAGGCGUAGUUACAGUAGCUAACUUGAACCGAUAUCUAUUCGGUCACUGAACUGUAUGUGCACGGAAAUGGAAAUGCGGAAGUACGAAAACAGGGUCUUCCGCACACGGGGCUCCUCCAGUGCCCCCACUUCGCAAAACAGAGCCGCCUGUGGCUUGCUAUUUAAAAGCUAACUGGACUCUGGUUUAUCUACAUUGCUUAAGUUUAACCUUACGUAACGAAAAUCGAUGUCGAGAUGUAUUUCGGAAGUGCUUGGCGAUUCAGCUCGAGAGCCGCUGCUUCCAACUCGUUUGGAAGAUUCAAGCCAGGACUCGGAUGCAGAAGGUGAAGUUGUUUUUGAACGAAUUUACACAAGUGAUGGUGAGAAGAGGGAACUAAAGAAAUUGUCUUAUGAAGAGGCAGUUGAAGCAGCAGGUUUUGGCUGUUUCCAUGGCCUUCUGUUGGUGGUCUGCGGAUGGGCUAACGCCAGCGAUGCGGUGGAGAUCUUGUGCGUGUCAUUCCUGUUGCCCACAGCGCGGUGUGAUCUGCAGCUUGGCUCUGCAGACAUGGGGCUGCUUACUGCCAGCAUGUUCCUAGGAAUGAUGGUUGGUGGAUACAUGUGGGGCUACCUUGCUGAUCAGAGUGGGCGCAAAAAAGUCCUUGUGAUCUCCCUGGCUGUGAAUGGCGUGUUUGGGGCACUGGCAAGCCUGGCACCCUGGUUCUGGCUGUUCCUGGCACUGAGGUUCAUCAGUGGGGUGGGGGUGGGUGGCUCCAUCCCAGUCAUCUUCUCCUACUUUUCUGAGUUCCAGCCGUGCAGCAGGAGAGGGACCAUGAUCAGUGCUCUUGCCACUUUCUGGAUGGCAGGAAACAUACUGGCAGCAAGUCUAGCCUGGCUGGUCAUUCCCAGCACCUCUUCCAGGUUCAUGCUGGGCUCGCUGGACUUCCAGAGCUGGAGGGUGUUUGUGGUGCUCUGCUCCAUCCCCAGCCUCUCCUCCGCCUUCAUCUUCAGUCUGGCUAUGCCUGAGAGCCCCAAAUUUCUCAUGGAGGCUGGACAGGAAGCAGAGGCCCUGGAAGUGUUCCAGAUGAUGUUUAAUCUCAAUCACAAAGGCAGUUACAAGUCAUUUCAAAUAACCGGGCUGGCCAUCACGCUUGGUUCUGAAAGAGAGAGGGCAGAACUAGCCAGAGGUUCAGGAUCACAUCGCCUCACUCACCUUUUAAAAAAGGGUCUGAGGCCAAUCUGGCAGCUUUUCACCAAGCCACUCACAACAAGAAGCAAUGUGCUGAUCAUCAUUUUCUUCUGCAUAUCGUUUGGCUAUUAUGGCCUCUGGAUGUGGUUGCCAGAGCUCUUCAAGAGGACAGCGGAUGGGGGCUCCCCGUGUGCAAACACGUCCCGCCCCUCUGGCCCUCGGUCCAGCGAGAACGAGAGCUGCUAUCCUGUCAAAACCACAGUUUACAUGGAGGGCUUCAUCACAGCAGCUUCCAACCUACCUGGAAACAUCUUCACUAUCCUGCUUAUGGACUUUGUUGGAGGGAAGAUACUACUUUCAUGCAGUUUGCUGCUGUCAGGCAUCAGUGUGUUUUUCAUCUGGCUGGUGAAGACUAAAACACAGAGCCUGGUCAUGUCCUGUGUGUUCAGUGCAGUCUCUGUCAUCUCCUGGAACGCCCUAGAUGUGGUCAGCACUGAGCUGUAUCCCACCCACUUACGGUCCUCUGCGCUUGGCUUCUUCACUGGAGUGAGCAGGAUAGCGGCCAUCUUGGGUAACCUGGUCUUCGGGCAGCUGGUGGACUCUCACUGCGCUGUGCCUGUGCUGCUGGUGUCGGCCCUGCUGUUCACGGGAGGCCUGGCAGCACUGCGACUGCCUCAUACCAGACAGACCGAGCUAACCUGAGAGCCACUGGGCCAAUCACAGGCUUCCUCAUCUGUGGCCUUGAACUGAACACUAAAAUUAACAUGCUGGCUUUGGAAUAUUUUUUUAUUUGUACAGAGAAUUUUUUUUUUUUUUUUUUUGCAGUGUCUUGAUUCCAAAAAUGCACUUUAGGAGCAUCUGUACCCUUUCUGAAGUAUUAGGUUCUAGUUUCAGUAUAGAUGAGGCAUUUAAAGCAGCAUUCAUAUUGCACUUUUAAUAUUUUCCAUGAUUUUGUCAGAUGGAAGACAAUGUGACCGCAAUAGCGAAGUUUAGACAACACUAUGAUGCAGAGAUUAAAUUUGCGGGCAGGGAGCAUGAAUUUUGUAUCAAUUUCAGUACCUACCAAAUCUUUGAGUUGGGAGGGGGGGUCUGGAGGACAUUAAGGAGUGGGAUAUUUGCCCAAAAAAACAAAUUUUCCAUAAUGAAGCUACUUAAGGACCAAGCUGUAAUGCACGUGCUGAUUUAUGAUGGCAGCAAAUAAAACCAUACAAGUCCACACAA